GUAAAGUGCUUUGGAUAAAAGCGCUAUAUAAGUGCACACCUUUUAUUUAGAUAGACAGACAGAUAGAUGGGGUGCCAAUAAUUAUGGAGCUGACUAGACAGAUAGAUAGAUAGGUUGUCAAUAAUUAUGGUGUUGAUUAAAUAGAUAGAUAGAUAGAUAGACAGGGUGCCAAUAAUUAUGGAAUUGACGAGAUAGAUAGAUAGAUGGGGUGCCAAUAUUUCUGGAAUGGAUUAGAUAGAUAGAUAGGGUGCCAAUAUUUCUGGAAUGGAUUAGAUAGAUAGAUAGAUAGAUAGAUAGAUAGAUGGGGUGCCAAUAUUUCUGGAAUGGAUUAGAUAGAUAGAUAGAUUGAUAGAUAGAUAGGGUGCCAGUAAUUAUGGGAUUGACUAGAUAGAUAGAUAGAUAGAUAGAUAGAUAGAGUGCUAAUAUUUCUGGAAUGGAUUAGAUAGAUAGAUAGAUAGAUAGAUAGAUGGGGUGCCAAUAUUUCUGGAAUGGAUUAGAUAGAUAGAUAGAUAGAUAGAUAGAUAGAUAGAUAGAUAGAUAGGGUGCCAAUAAUUAUGGGGUUGACUAGAUAGAUAGAUAGAUAGAUAGGGUGCCAAUAAUUAUGGAGUUGACUAGAUAGAUUUCUACAGAAUCGUCUCUUGUCUGAAACUAAAGCGAUCCCGCCCUACCUCUCUGCUAUUGGUCAACCAGACUCACAGAGCGCGUUCUGAUUGGCUGUUCCAGCUGCCACUCUGUGGUGUCUUGACAGCUGAGGUGGGCUGUUGUCCAGCACGAGCUGCAGUUUGAAUGUGUACGGAGCGGACAUUAACGGUGGAGCUGCAGCCGCUUUCCUCUCAUCAUCUCUCUGGGCUUUUACAUCCCGGAAUAAAACAACAACAUGACGGGAAACAGCGGUAAAGCAAUGGAGGAGCUGGUGGCGGAGCUGCGGGUCUUCUUGGAGCUGUUGGACCGAGAGUAUUUGAGCGCAGCGGUGAGAGAGAAGAAACUUCAGAUCUCCAACAUCCUGCACAGAGUCCUGUCUGCUAAAGAAUCGUCCUAUAAGGCCGAGGUCCACAGCUCACUUCCUGCCCCGCCUCAGAUGCCGCUCCCAGAGAUCCCACAUCCAUGGCUGCCUCCUGAUAACGGACCACCUCCUUUGCCCAGUUCAUCUCUUCCUGAGGGUUACUACGAGGAAGCCGUGCCUCUGGGUCCUGGGAAAGCUCCAGAAUACAUCACCUCCCAGUAUGAUUCAGACGCCAUGAGCAGCUCGUACGAGUCAUACGAUGAGGAAGAGGAGGAUGGUAAGGGACAGAAGAUGCGGCAUCAGUGGCCCUCGGAGGAGGCGUCUAUGGACUUGGUGAAGGACGCUCGCAUCUGCGCUUUCCUCCUGCGCAAGAAACGCUUCGGACAGUGGACCAAACUGCUCUGCGUCAUCAAGGACAAUAAACUCCUCUGCUAUAAGUCAUCUAAAGACCAGACUCCUCAGAUGGAGCUCCUCCUGUCCGGCUGCAGCGUCACUCACAUCCCCAAAGACAGCAAGAAGAAGAAGCACGAGCUGAAGAUCGUCCACCAGGGGGCCGACGCUCUGGUGCUUGCCGUGCACAGCAAAGAGCAGGCCGAGGAGUGGCUCAAGGUGAUGAGAGAGGUGUGUGCUAACGGGAAUGGAGCAGUGGACUCUGACGGAGCCUCUUCCGUUAACAAAGCCGACCUGGAAAAGAAGUUGUCCUGUGACAGACCAAGUUCUGAUGGAGAGCCCAGUCAUGAAAACGGCAUCUCAGAUGGAAAAGAUCCAGGUAAAGGAAAGAAGAACUCGAAGUCUGAACAGAAAGGCACAGUGGGGAAGGUGGCAGGGAAGAAAAUCACUAAGAUCAUCAGCCUGGGGAAGAAGAAGCCAUCCACGGAUGAACAGACGUCAUCGGCGGAGGAGGACGUCCCGACCAGCGGCUAUCUGAACGUGCUGUCCAACAACCGCUGGAGAGAGAGAUGGUGUCGGCUGAAGGAUAACCAGCUGUUGCUGCAUAAGGACCGGGAGGAUCUGAAGACGCACAUGGCCUCGCUGCCCCUGCGUGGGUGUGAGGUCAUCCCCGGGCUCGACUCCAAACACCCGUUUGCUUUUAGGCUGCUGAGGAACGGACAGGAAGUGGCUGUGCUGGAGGCCUCGUCCUCUGAGAGUAUGGGUCGAUGGUUGGGGGUGUUACUGGCAGAGACGGGCUCUACGACAGACCCUGCCACUCUGCACUACGACUACAUAGAUGUGGAGACCACCGCCAACGUCAUUCAGCUGGCCAAGCAGUCCUUCUGUUUCACCAGUAAGCGUGCCAUUUCUCCCAAUCCGUACCUGGAUAACCCACUGAACGGUUACGCCCGGCCCUCAGGUGUGGCUCUGCACUAUGAUGACGUUCCCUGCAUUAACGGAUCGGUAUGGUUUCACACACAUAUGAAGGGAAAGAAAGCUACGAUUGUCAACGGUUUAGCUGCCAAACAGAAGCUGGACAAGAACCAAGCCAAAAAGACCAACGGAACCAAUGGCUCUGCGCCGGUGAAACGCAACAAUUCAAGCGUGGAUCAGUAUAAAUACGGGAAGAACCGAGUGGAAGCGGACGCUAAGAGACUCCAGAACAAAGAAGAAGAGCUGAUGAAAAGAAAGCAGGAGAUUCGUAACCGUCUCACUCAGCUGAAGAAAGACAGGAGAGACCUGCGCACCGCCAUCGAGAACAGCACCGGUAAGCGCUCUCAGGCCUCGCUGACGGAGCGGCUGAAGAAAGUGGAGGACGAGUGUAAACUGAAAGAGGAGGAGCGAGUGAACUUGGAGCUGGAGCUGACGGAAGUGAAGGAGAGUCUGAAGAAGGCUCUGAGUGGAGGAGUCACUCUCGGACUGACCAUCGAACCCAAGACCAGCAGCUCCAGUCCACAGUCUCCGGUGCUGGUCAGGCGUACGGUUGAUAACUCGCCCAUCUCCAGCUGUGACACCAGCGACACCGAGACCUGCUCACUGCCAGUCAACAGCGCCUCCUUACUGCGACGCCAAGUACCGCAGAAAAACCCUCCAGUACGGGGCCAUGUGCUCAGGAAGGCCAAGGAAUGGGAGAUGAAGUCCGGCACGUAAACACUCACUUUCAGCUUCUUUAUUAUGAUUGUUGUUAUUAUUAUUAUUAUUAUUAUUAUUAUUUUUGUUUUCCUGUUUGUAUUUAUUUAAAUUUGCAUACGGAAGUGAUUGAAAGCGCGUCGACUGAAGCCGAGACGCGUCACGACGCAGAAAACAUCCGACUGUGAGAACAGGACCGGUCCCGGGAGCUCGCGUGUACAUUAUACCGUUAAAGCGUCAUGUGGCGUAAACCUUUCUGUUUCGGGGUUUAUUUCCUGUCCCAUCAGCGCGGCCAUUUCAGCCGUCGAUAACGUCGAGCUUCUCGGCUCUGCCAGAAACCGCCAUCCGACGUUUUAAGGGGAAGAAGAGGAAAGAAAAAGAAAAACACUUUGAAAGUAUUUAUUUGUAAAUGUUCAAAUGCAAGCCUUGCUCUAUGUGUUUGUGUUUAUAUUUAAAGCUUUAUACAGCGUUUUAUUUGGCCUCAUGCCAGGUCCCGACUUUUGUUUUCAUUUUUUUUGCUUUGCUAUUGAGGGUUGCUAUUUUAUAUAUAUAUAUAUAAAUGCCAAGGAAAAUCUGAGCUUUGUGAUCAUUGUUUAAUUUCAGCACAUGUAAUAGGAACGCUGAAGAGGACAGUGUAGUAGAGGCGAGGCAGGGCGAGGCACUUUCUGUAAAAACAACUUGCUUGGAGGGAUUUUAAAAACCUCCUACAUUUAAAGGAGUCGUCUGUAAUCCCUAAACCUCGUUUUAAAGCCUACAAAUGGUAAAACUGCUGUUAACACUAGAGUAAAGAGCAGUCCCUCCAGGAUUUCGCCAUUUCUCAGUCACAGAGAUGAACGCAAAACUCCGUAAUAUUCGAGAGGAGCGUGCGAUCUGUCAAAAUCGCCAGGAUGAGAUUCAGGAUGAGACGCGUCACGUGACUGUAAAAAGGUCUCGUUCAACAACACACGAAGACAUCGCUGCGAAAGGGCGUGCGGAACGAUUUCGUGCGAUAGCCAUUCCGCAGACUCGAGCAGUUCUCCGCAGAAAAAGCACAAAAAUCUCCGCAGAUUCCGCAUCGCAAUUUUCUUUUUAAAAAAUGCCGCAGCAGAAUCAAGCAUUUUUUAUUUUAUUUUUUUAUAAUUACGUUUAGAUCAUGCACCGUACACGUCGCUGUGUAAGUUGUCACCAUGGAAACGAUAACGUAUUAGAACGAGCGCGUUAAAUGUGAACGUAAACUUUCCGAGCUGCCGUUAUGGAAAAUCAGUCGACGCCUUCAGACCAAUCGCAGUCCAGAAUUCAGCAGCGCUGUGGUUUAAUGUCUGAUCUCUGACCCUGUGUAGCGGCGUGGCAAACGUGGGGGCGGUGCUAAAACGUUCGUUACGAGGUAAUAUCGAGGUUUCUUGAGGUAUGUUCUUUAAAGAAGUAUACAGACAAACUGCAGCUUUAAACGCUAUAAAAACACCGCGUGUCAUCCCGAUGUCAGAAAAACGUGUCCCUGCUCCGUCUACAAGUUUCUUCUGCUCACGUCGUCGCCAUGGAGAUUAGCGUUACGACGGCUGUCCUCCGUGCUACAGCUUUAUGGUUUGAUCAGACCUGUAUUAUGUUUUGUUUCACUGGUGCUUUAGAGUCAUCGCUUAAAUCUGGUGAGAUUAACAGAGUAACACUCGGUGCUUCGUAUAGAAAGAAGAAAUAAGCGACUUUUAGAGACUACUGCCAGCGUACUCACACUCCAGGCACAUUUAUUAUUAUUAUUAUUAUUAUUAUUAUUAUUAUUUUCCAAACUCACCUGGUUUCUUGUGUGCUUCUCUUGCGAUUUUUUUAUUUAACAAACACACAUUUUAAUCAAAUGUAAAUAUACUCUUAUUUGGGGUUUUUCACUGAUGUCAGUCCCGUGAGUCUGCAGUCCGCCUGUGUGAGGGGAAAGAGUUCGUACUGUCGUAGGAGUAAUACUCGAGUGACGUUUCUUUCAGCCUCACCGACGAGUAAACGUGUUCUGUCUUCCUGAAACGUCUUCGAUACGAGUAGAGCGUCUGUCUGUCUGUCUGUCUGUCUGUCUGUCCCUCGCACACAAUAAGAGACCAGCGAUGUCAUAAAUGUGAACCGUAAUAAGUAUUGUUGGGGAGUGGGAAGGGUCAGAGGUCAAGGUUUUGGGGUUCAGGGGUGGGUGGAGGGUUUUAGGGUUUAAAAAAAAUUUUUUUUUUAAAAAGCAACUUUGUUUUUUGCACCUUAAAGACUUUUUCUACUUUGUUGUUACUUUGCUUACUGACUGUUGCUGACUCGGCGACAAAAACGUUGUACACAGAAAUAAAUACUGCAUUCAAGCUUGAUGUGUUUGGGGUUUUUUUUUUUUUUGUAUCUGCACCACACACACACACACACACACACACACACACACUUUUUACACACUUCAUAUACAGUAUUCCCAAGAAAUGACUAACACAACACUAACACUUUUUGCAAACGCAAAUGAAUAUGCAUGAGUAUGCAAAUUAGGGACGGCCCCAUCCAAGUAUUAUUUGCUAAACAUAUCCCGGAUAUACCACUAAACACUGUAUAUAUCUGUUUCGUAUUAUUGCAGUGGUUCACACCAAAUCGUUAUAAAGUUUCCCCAUGCCUUGACUCUUUUUUUUUUUUUUUUAA